AUGCGAUACAGUGCAGCCUAUUUACUUGCUGUUCUUGGUGGCAAUCCAUCACCUGAUGCUGCUGCAAUUGCUAAAAUUUUGGGUAGUGUCGGAAUUGAAUAUGAUGAAAUACGUGCCCAAAGAGUAGUAGAUGCUUGUAAAGGUAAAGAUGUCAAUGAGAUUAUUGCUGAAGGCUUGAAAAAAAUUGAUACUAUUGCAUCGACAAAUGUAUCUAUGGUAACUACCAGUAACCAAACACUUGUUCAUACAGUACAAUCAAAUCCAAUAGCUAUAUCAGACAAUGUUGAACCAAUUGAUAUCAGUCCGCCUUCACCUUCUGGCAGUGACACAUUUGGGAAAAAAGCGGAUCCUGGUGGAUCCUGUGGAUCCUACUGGAUCCUGGUGGAUCCUGGUGGAUCUUACUGGAUCCUGGUGGAUCCUACUGGAUCCUAUUGGAUCCUGGUGGAUCCUAUUGGAUCCUGGUGGAUCCUAUUGGAUCCUGGUGGAUCCUGA